AUGGAACAGUUUCAGACAGUCAAAUUUGCCGCUGACCGGCUCGUUGCCCCUUUCUGCAUUCUUUUAGCAUCCUACGUCUGUUACCUGCUUUCCUUAGUGGUGUACAACGCCUACUUCCAUCCACUUGCCCGUUUCCCUGGCCCGUUCUGGUGGGGCGCAACACCGAUCCCAUAUGUAUGGCACCAACUCAACGGCCGUCUGCCCUUUGUAUUCUCGGAGUUGCACGCAAAGCACGGUGAUGUGGUUCGGGUUCUGCCCUACAUGCUCUCCUUCCGCGAUGCAAACGCCUGGAGAGACAUCUACCAGAUCCGGCCCAAGAGGAAGUUGCUCACCAAAGAUCCAUACGUUAUGUCACCUGGUAGCGAAGGUGCAUACAACAUUAUAACGAGCUUUGAUCCCGCAGAGCAUGCAAGGUUUCGAGAACGGUUGAACCCGGGCUUCUCGACGCGGGCGUUUCGAGGGCAAGAGCUUAUGGUCAUGACGCAUGUUGAUGAGCUUAUCGAGAAGCUUCGGGCCAAGUGCAGCAGCGAGGAGGCACAAGAUAUGGUGAAAUGGCCUGCUUUAUUGUACUUUGACAUCGUUGCAGAUUUGAUCUUUGGGAAAAACCUUGGCAACGUAGAAGGUGAACACCCACAUCCAUGGCUCGACGGCCUGUUCGGAAGCACGAUGCGCCUCAUCACGUAUUUCAACGCGGCACGACAGUUCCCGCAUCUCACCCCGUUCUUGAAGCUUUUCUUUCCAAAGGAUUUGAUGGACCAGCAAGUCAAACAUGCAGCUUUCACCCGGGAUAGUGUCGAUGAGAGAAUGCAACUCAAGGAAGGCAAGGCUUCAAAUAGUCACGACUUUAUGAGUUACAUACUCCCAUACGACGAAGCAACAACCCAUAUGAGCAUGGCUGAAAUUCGUUCCACUUACGGUACGCUGAUGAUCGCCGGUAGUGAAAAUGUAUCAACAACAGCAUCGUUUACAAUAUAUCACUUACUCAAGAAUCCUGACGCUCUUCGCAAAGCCACAGAGGAAGUGCGACAAAGUUGUAAGCGUGACGAGGACAUCACGUUUACCUCGAUUGGUGGGAUGAAGUACCUAUCUGGUGUUGUUAAUGAGUCGAUGCGCCUCAACCCAGCAGCUCCAACGACACAGUCGAGAGUUGUGCCCAAGGGUGGCGUUGCUGUCUCGGGUAACCUGGUGCCCGAAGGCGCUAGAGUAGGAGCGCCACCCUAUUGCAUUAACCACCAUGCAGAAUUUUUUAAAGACCCCGAGUCUUUCCUUCCGGAACGAUGGACGGAUGACCCUCGGUUCUCAUCUGACCAGCCGCAAGUAUUCCACCCAUUUCAGCUUGGCCCGAGAGCCUGUGCAGGAAAAAGCAUCGCAUUGGCAGAAAUCCAGCUGCUUAUUGCAAAAAUACUAUUCCACUUUGACAUUUCCCUGGACAAAUCAUGCGCAGAAUGGUCCAAAGAUAUGAAAAUCUUUCAUCUAUGGCAGCUUCGACCCCUUCUCGUCCAUUUCAGUAUACGUCAGGGUUGA